UAAGUAGUUACAGUAACUAUAAGGUAGCAUUUUUCUUUUUUGUUGAUGAAAUGUCCGUUGUGGGUGGAGAGCGCUGGUGAGUUCCCCCUCCACGGCAGUGGCACAGGCCUGACUCCAGCUGAUCGGCCUCAGUGUUGCCGCUGCGGACCCUCCGACUGACCGCGGCUGCUUCCACACCAAACCGCCUCUGUUUCAGCUUUAACAUUUCCAGCGGCCGCCCGUGUCGGCACCGACCCUUAUUCUACCGGCAUAUUCGGACCGAGGACCGUCUACUGGACCGGGUUUUCUCCAACCGCAGCCGGACGAGGAACCACCCAAAAAGGAUAGGCCGCGUCCCCGCUCUCGCCUGUCGUGAACCACCGAUUUGAGUGAUGGGUGACACGGGCAGUGAACGCAGCAAGCCGCCCAGCUUACCUCCCCGCUGUCCCUGCGGCUUCUGGGGGUCCAGCAAAACCAUGAACCUCUGCUCCAAGUGUUUUGCUGACAUCCAGAAGAAGCAGCCCGAUGAGGACUGUGCCCCAGAGACAGCCCCUAGCAGCAGCAGUAGCCAAUCAGCAGUCUUCUGUAGCGAUAGUAGCAGCAGCAGUAGCCAAUCCCUGUCGUUGGUGCCCGUCGGCCGUGAGCAGCCAUCAGCGGGGGACUCUGGGCCCACGCUUCCCGGCACACAGGAGGGGGUCUCCUGUACAGACACAGCCCACAGCACACUCUCCACGCCCACAAAGCGACCGUGUGAGGCAGGUUCGGGGUCGGAGAGUGAGGCGUCGCCGCAGAAACGGCCACGGCCGGGCGAUGGGGGUGGGGAGGAGACCCGCGGGACGCCCAGGCAGAGGAGUCGACCACGCUGCCAUCGCUGCCAAACCAAACUGGAGCUGGUGCAGCAGGAGCUGGGGGCCUGCCGCUGCGGUUACGUGUUCUGCAUGCUGCACCGGCUGCCUGAGCAGCACGACUGCCUGUUCGACCACCUGGGCCGCGGCCGGGAGGAGGCUGUGCUGAAGAUGGUCAAACUGGACCGCAAGGUGGGCCGGUCAUGCCAGCGCAUCGGAGAGGAGUGCUCCUGAGUUCCCUGCCACCCC